AAAGCAAAGGUCAAAGCGCAGAUGCGACUCAUCCAGAGGCUUGGCUAGAAAACCUCGUUUCGCCACUCCACUCCAGACCGUUCCUGGAGUCUAGUCCUGCGACACUAAUAUCUCCAACUCUACGCUUAGCGUCCAGGUACCUCCACCUGCCAGGAGUACUCAAAACGUGGUUCUGGUAGUGUCUGCAUGUAUAAACCCCCUGGAUCCCCGGAUUCAGUCCCUCUUCCCUCUCUUUCCCCGGCCGAUCCUUCAUUCCUCUUUGCUUUUUUGUAUCACUCCUUUAUACAACAUGUCGGCGACUACGAGUGACAUCAAGAUCGCUUCCAUUGCCAUGGGGUUCACCCUUGGCUUUGGCUUGCUUACUGUUUGGGAGGCUUGGAAGCAGACUCGACGGAAUCGAAACCCGCUGCGAAGUACCUAUAUUUACAUGCUUUGGGGAGAAAUUCUAGCAAAUAUUAUCAUCGCUAUCAUCGGAUGGAUCUUCUUGGAUGGAAUCAUCGGGCCGACUGUACCGGUGUUGUUCUUUAUUCUUUUCUUCUGGGUCUUUGAAGUCCAGCUUCUUAUGCAAAUUAUCGUCAAUCGAAUCUCUAUCAUCGCCGAACAUCGAUCUACUAUCUUUAAGCUGAAAUGGGGAACCGCCCUUACCAUCACUCUUAUCAACAUUGCCGUCUUUGCUAUCUGGAUUCCUGCUCAUACCGUUCCUCCUGCCAGUCAAACUUUUGUGCGCAUCAAUGAAGUUUGGGAUCGUGUCUCCAAGGUUCUCAUCCUUCUCGUCGAUGCUGGCCUCAAUUGGUACUUCCUUCGAACCGUCAAGAAGCGACUCGUUGAGCAACAUCGCCUCAAGAAGUAUGAGCCUCUUGUUGGCUUCAACGCUAAGCUCAUGAUCAUUUCGAUCCUCAUGGACGGCAUGCUCAUCGGUCUCAUGUCACUUCCCAACCAGGUCGUCUACAUCCAAUUCCACCCUGUCGCAUACAUGGUCAAGCUCAACAUCGAAAUGUCCAUGGCCAAGCUUAUUACCCGCCUUGCUAAGGGUGAGAACGCCGACGACUACUACCCCUCCAUGUCGCACUCCGGCCACCACCAAAGCAACAACCAGCGCACAAACGAUGCCCCAUGGACUCAGGGUAACAAUGUCCAGUUGACACACCGAUCAAAGGUUGUCGCUGGUGAUUCCGAUGAGGAUUUGUCUGGUACUGUGGGUCGACAUAAUGGUGGACCUGGCAUUCAUCGCCGAACAGAGUUUGAGGUCACUGUCGAGACGAAGCCUCAGAAGAAUCCCUUUAGAGAGGGGACAGAGUCGUUGGAUGAGCUGCCUUUGACUUCAAAUACCGGACAUCCUAAGCAGGCUAUUGUUGAGGAGUCGCCGUAUUGUGAAGCCACUAUCUCGAACCUCAUCCAAGCCUCUCCAAAAAUGCUCGAGCAAUAUCUUGAAUGCGAAAGCACAAUAACACGACAUUUGCUCAAGCGCGACUUCGACGACAAAAUGAUUCAAGAUGCCAUGGGAAUCGUCUUAUUUCCAUCUCCCAGAGAGUCCCGGAGGUCUACACGCCUGGUCCACGCGCAUUUACACUCAUGGAAGUUACGUGAGCUUCCAAACCCUCUGGUAACCCGCGAUAUUUUUCUCAUGGAUCAACUCGACAAACUGCAUAGUCUUCUAAUGGUGUUUGUCGAAGACUACAUCACAAAGGCUACUGCGACCUUUCCACCCCGUGAAUAUAUCUGUCUCCCACAGCCUUCUCACAACCAGAGCUUUCUUAUCUUUAAAGGACAAAAAGUCACAAAAAGAUUCGAUUCAAUCCAAAUUGCAGAAGUUGAAAGAAAGCGCUUCUUGCGAGCGUUUUUACGCGUUGAGCUGCUGUCUCUGGUUCGAAGGGCUAUCAACUCCAGUUACUCGAAGACCUCUUCAAUCAAAAAGAUAAUCAAAAAACUCACAAGGAGAGAUGCAGAGGCACUUCGCUGCGCCUGGGCAUAUGUAUCCACACUAUAUGGCGCUAUCUUUGCCCACUGCGCUGAUGCUUGGCUGCCAGCAGCCGAUGAGCCUGCAGGAACUGGGCUUCUAUUUCCCGAUAGCCUCUUUAUAGACCCACAGGCGUAUGGAAAAGAUAUCGGUAUUGAAUUACCAUGGCGCUCAGACAUUGACUGCAUGGCUCGCUACGGUCUCUCCUUGAUCUUCGCGAUGAUCCGUUUUGCCAUAACAAGACCACAAGAUAAAAAAGCUCUUGAAACCUUUGUCAAGAAGCUUUGCCGCUUUGGAAAGGACAAUGCCUUGGCGAGAAUUCUUUUCUUCGACAGAAGCAUUUAUUUCGAAGACAUGUACGAUAUGGUCUACCUCCGUUUCCCAUAUAGAUCAGAUGUCAGACAGAAUCUUAAUUUGCCAAGACUAUGGUGGAAGUAUGAUUCCACGUUAUAUUGGUAUCAUGUCUACCUAAAAAUCAAGAUAUUUCAACAACGGGCAUGGGUAUUCUUCGAAGACGACUGCUACUACCCAAAAGACACUACUGCGGUGCCAGUCUUUCCAAGUAAAGAACACUUGGACUGCAUGGCACAAGACUUGGUUAAUAAGACUUUAUCUCUAGUUGGCCCUGGUCCUGUUUCAACAGCACAGUUGGAAAGGACAAGGAGAGAGUUUCGUCGAUCCCAAAAGUGGCAGGACAAAAUGAAGCCAAAGGAGGGAAACACUCCAGGGACUGAGUCUUCUUCGUCCCUUAUUUCUAUGGGAAAUCAUGAGAUAUCACUACCAGACAUUGAAAAUGGGGAGCAGUUACUGACUUGGAGUCCUAGGGGCGUUGUGCGAUGGGAUGUAUCAGAGGAGGCUUACGUGCUUAAUCUGACCUUAUGA